AUGGGUGUCGCAGAAAACAUUAGUAUAUUCAACUGUCUGACAGGAUUAUUGAUAACUUCUUUUAUUUUAAUAUGUUUAUACUUACGCAAAAUAUACAGCUAUUGGAAAGAUCGAGGAAUUCCAUACGAAAAGCCGAUACCCAUCAUAGGUAAUCUGGGAUUCAUCAUGAGAAGAAGUGUAUGGGAUUUUUGUUAUGAAAUAAGAAACAGACAUCCCAGAGAUUAUUUCGGAAUAUUCCUUGCUUGGACUCCAGUGUUAAUGGUGCAAUCGCCGGAGCUCGCUAAGAGGAUACUCUCUAAGGAUUUCGAAUAUUUCCCUGACAGAUAUUUAUACAGUGGAUUUGCCGAUCCACUUGGAUCUCUAAAUUUAUUUACAGUGAAAAAUCCGUUAUGGAAGAAAUUAAGAUAUGAACUCUCUCCAAUGUUUACGUCUUUAAAAUUAAAGUCUGUGACUGAGCUUAUGAAUGAAAAUGCAACUGAACUAGUGAAGAAAAUAAAACGGGACUAUAUUGAUGACAACAAAGUCGUUAAUUUAAAGGAAUUAUUUUCAAUGUACACAUCAGACACAGUGGCUUACAGUGUAUUUGGUAUUCGUGUUAGUAUUCUAAAUGACAAACCAUCACCAUUAUGGAACAUCACCAGUCAUAUGGUUAAAUGGACGUUCUGGCGAGGAUUCGAGUUUUCUCUGAUAUUUUUGGUCCCUUUUAUGGCAACACUUUUACGGCUACAAUUUUUCUCAGCAGCAGCCACUGAGUAUAUAAAAAACUUAUUUUGGAAUGUCGUAAAGGAACGCAACAUAACAAAAUCGUCGAAAGAAAAAGACCUUCUCAAUCUUCUAAUCAAAUUAAAGGAAAAGUUAAAAGACUCCGUCGAACCAGGCUCACCAUUGGUUGAUGACAUCAUACUGGCUCAAGCAGCGGUGUUCAUUUUGGGAUCCGUCGAAACGUCAUCCACGACACUCUCAUAUAUCUUACACGAGUUAUCUUACCAUCCUGAAGUUCAGCAAAAACUUUAUAAUGAAAUCAGCGAGGCAGUAAAGCUUAAGGAAAAGGACGUUUUGGAGUACGAUGAUUUAUUAGAAUUGAAAUAUCUGACAGCCUGUAUUUAUGAGACUCUAAGAAAAUAUGCUUCAGUGGCGUACUUGGACCGAUUAUGUUUAAACGAUUACAAACUAGAUGACAAUUUUACUAUUAAAAAAGGGACACCUGUAUUUAUAAAUGUGCUGGCUAUUCACUAUAACGAAAAACACUAUCCGGAACCUGAGAAGUGGCUCCCGGAACGGUUCCUUAAUAAAUCCGAUAGCAUCAAUACUGACUUCACUUUCCUCCCAUUCGGAGAAGGACCACGAUUUUGUAUCGGUAAAAGAUAUGGGAUGAUGCAAAUAAGAGCUUCUCUGGCGCAGCUGCUGCUCAAGUAUAAAGUUGAGCCUGCUGUACCAUAUAAUGUUAAAACCGAUCCUCACGCAGUGAUAAUGUCACCCAAAGAUGGAUUAAGUGUAAAAUUCGUACCAAGAUAACAACAUAAAAUACCAAACAAUUUAUUAUAAUAAUAUGUAACAAUAAAGUUACUAAAAUUAUUUAAAAACCGGAUAUUUACCAUGUUUUGAU